GAAUCAGUGUCAGAGAUAGUUCUAACGGACGACAGGCGACAGUCAUCACAGUCUACCCGGAUCACGACCUCACCCAACGCCCAGCACACACCUGCAGGUUACUGGUCAAAACACAGUGUACCUAUUGAAGUGUACAAGGAAGUCGCUGAUGUCGUCACUUAUUGUGCGUUUUAUUGCUUUUGCGACAGAUGCUGAUUCGAAAAGGGCCGGUUAUGUUGCAGCGCCAUCUGGUGACAGUUUGGUAUGACAUUAUAGACUGCUUGAUGGUAGCAUUUCGAUGUGGGAUGUAAUAGAAUGUCUACUGAGACGCAUCGCUAUAACGACCAUGUAGUACGUCCAAUCAAAGCACUUCUUCCAGCAACUCCUUCGACCAAUCUUGUCGCAGCUGGCACAUCUUCCUCUCCUAGUAGUUCACUGAUUUCUCGGAAGUUACAACCAAAAAUACAAAAGUCUGCUUCACUCAAAGACCUCUUCUUUAAAAAGAACUCAACAGAGGCCAAGCCCGCUACAUCCCCUGCACAGCCUAGAACUAAGAUUGCAGACCUUGUUCAGAGACAUCUCAUUCCGCUUAAUAUCAUCAGCUCUUUCAAAGCCAACAGGAGAAACCUAAACGGAAGUACGUCGUGCCAAAAGCUAGUCGCUAAAGAGGGUAGUGAAUCUAUAACUGAGAAGGAGAACUUCACUGAAGUGCAAUAUUUGUCCAUACCUGACAACACAACAGAUACAUCCAUUCCACAGACGAAUAUAUUUAACAAAACUGACAUAUUAUUUACAACUUCUUUUACCCAUUCGGUGGACAAGUCGAUCGACUGUCAGUCCUGUGGUACUGAAGCAAACAAGGCAGCCAAACCACGUCUAACGCGGAGUAAGAGUAGGAGUGCCCAGAGCCUACAUAGAAUUCCACAAUUGGGCGCGGUAAAACAAACCCUCACACGAAGCUAUUCGGACGUUCCGCCCAACUCUAAGCUUGCUCUGGUUCAUAGCAGUAGUAGCAGUCUGUCGGAGCACCUGCAGUCCAGGAUGUACCGGAACGAUUUCGUAUCGCAGCUUCUGGACCAUUUGUUUAUAGGGAGUGUGGAGGCGGCCUAUAAUGAACCGUUACUUUGUCGGCUUAAAAUUGACUGUGUACUCGACAUUAGUAACUGCGCAGCUGCAGAUGUGCCCUCCUCAAAGAAGCUUCAUUGCCCCUGUAUAUGCCCCAAGGAGAACCAGCAUUUCCGAUCUCGGCUUAUCAUUCAGGUAGAGGACAGAGACACGGAGGAUAUUGAGGCCUAUUUCCCCGAGAUCAACAAGUUUAUCGUUGCUGCUAGACAUCGCGGGAAGCGCGUGCUUGUGUUCAGCUACCAUGGUAAGUCCCGUGCAGCCGCCGCCGCGAUCCAGUACAUGAUGAGCCAGGAGAACCUUCUCCUGCGGCAGGCCUUCAACUUGGUUAAGAACCAGCGGCCGUGUGUUGACAUUAUCCCGGCCUUCAUGGCCAAGCUGGAGGCUCUGGAGAGGAAGCUCUUUCCGGACGCCAAGCCGUCCAUCUCAUUUGGCAAUGAGUAUCUGAAUAUCGCCGACCCACAGGCUAUCCGUUGUGCCUGGGUGGACUGUGCUGAUAUUUGAAUGUAUAAUGACGCUCAACCCGGAUAUAUCGUACUUAUAUACAGCACCACAUUAGAUCUGUGAACAUCGGGUUUUCAGCAGAUUAAGUCACUUACAAAAGCUAGCAAAAUGUGAAGUUUUUGAUGUGUUUUUUAUUAUCCGGCCACCAUGUUAGACUUCAUUGCACUAGAUUUGAAUGUUAGACCAUUUUUAUCAUCUGAGACAAUUUAUCCUUGAUACUAUGAAUGUUGACUUUCAUUCAAUGUGUGUUGUGAUUAUGUUGAACGUGUAGAUCCGUUAAAUGAUGUAUAUCUGGAUUUACGUAUGAUAUACUUCACAGAUGUCGACCAGUGCCAUUAGAAGCUUGCCUGAAUCACCUGCCGAAAUUUAACGACAUCGUCUAUUUCGACAACUCUCAAUGUUAUCCGAUCCUUCAUGAAGAUUAUAUAGUUGACUAUUGUACUUCUUUGUGUUGUAUAGUUAUUUGGAACACUCAUAAUGAAAACUUCAGCAAACAUGUACUGACUAUCAGAGUUGUCGUU